AUGCUCACAGCAGCAUCGUCCCCUGUCUCAUCUGGUGCUGUGCUGGGGAGGAGGGCUGUCAGGUGCGUUGGGGAUCGGAGAGACGAGAAACUCAGCAACACCGAAGCAUGUGGAAACUCUUCCAAAGGAUGUCACUCAGGUCGAUUGCGGCGAUUCUUGGAGCGCAUGUAUUGCUGGGGACUAUUGGGGCUUGGGGAGACUCUUGACGUUCUUUAUCCUCAAAAAGUGAAUCUUGAAGGUGUGACUUGUGUAUCCGCUGGGCAUCGUCAUGCUGCUGCGAUCGUGGGAGGAGGAGACGUUUUUGUGUGGGGAAGAGGGUUCUCCGGCCAGCUGGGGCUGGGAACCAACAAGAGUCACUUCACUCCGCAGCCUCUCUCUUUCCCCAUGCCAGUGAAAGCAUUAUCCUGCGGGGGCUCUCACUCUCUCUUCAUCACCGAGGACGGGCGCCUGUACGCGACAGGAAGGGGCAAGGAGGGUCAGCUGGGAACGGGCAGCCAAGAGAGCGUGCUCUCACCGGUUGAAGUUCAGAUGCCUGAGGGGUCGGGGCGGGUGAAGGCGGCAGAAUGCGGGAAGGACUUCUCGGUGAUCGCGACGGAGAGCGGGCAGGUUUUCACAUUCGGCUCGGACGACUACGGACAGCUGGGAUUGGGGCAGUUCGCACGGUACGCCAUGACGCCGAAGGAGGUUGCGGUGCUGGCAGGAAAGAACGUGAGGAGCAUAGCAGCCGGAGACUAUCACGCCGCUGCCGUCACGUCUGACGGCAAACUGUACACGUGGGGUUACGGAAGAUCCGGCCAGCUCGGCAACGGCAACACAGUGGACGUCUCUCUCCCUGUCCUUGUGCGGGAGCUGCAGAACCUUCGGGUGCAGUCGGUAGCUUGUGGAUGCGACCAUACCGUCGCGGUAAUUGACAGGGGAUUGAAGGAGCAACUGAUGCUCAUCUCCUCUCAGGUUCUCGAGUCAGGAGAAGUGUUUGUGAUGGGAAGAGGACGUGAGGGGCAGCUGGGACGGGGAGACAUUGUCGAGAGCCCAGCUGUGUACAGAAGCGUUCCUCUUCAGGUCCAGCAGGUUGCAUGCGGCACCAGUCACACGCUUGCUCGAGGAGUCCGAACAUGA